AUGACGCAUGUACCAUUCUACACUUUGCCAGUUCAAUUUGAAGAUCUUCCAUCGAAGUACCAUCACGUCAUUGUACCAAUGUUUCCAGACUUUCUAAGAGAAGGGACAAUUUGUAUCUUUCUUAUCUACUUCACCAAAACAUCCAUUAACACUAUUGUGGCAAUUGCUUUGGUGGAGGUUUCAGUUUGGAAUUUUAUUAAUGAAUUAAAAGAAUGUUCUCGAAUUGAGAAUGAUUUUACACCCAUUUUCGCAUAUGUUAACGUGUCUGAAGCAUACGAAGACUUAAAAAGCGAUGCUGACGGUUCAACUAAUAAAGAUAACAAUAAUAACGAUGAGCAAGACAAUGAUACGAAUGAAUACGAAGAUAAAGUAAUUAAAAUUCUAAAAGAAAAAUACCCAGAAGUAUUCGAACCACACAACGGAUCAAGAAAGUUAACCAUAAGUGAAAUUAAUAUUACUGUGCUUGAGAAAGAAUUAUUGUCUAUAGUACAUGCCCUCAAAGUUAACUAUUACCUCUUAAUUGGUCAUGAAUGA